GCUCAACUCAAGCGUUUAAGCGCCGUUGUUUGCUUUAAAGUUUCGGCGAAAAUCGCUUAUUGAGCUGAGCUUGCCGGUUGCCGGUAAUCGAGCGCCACAAUAUCACUUGACGCUUCAGUUGCGACCGGGUUCGCAUUCAAAACGGUACGAUUUCCGCGACUUUAGUUAACGUAUUCGGUUACCAAAUUUCAAAUCGCUACUUGAAAAUGUUGAUGAAUUUAAUGAAAUCGCCAAGCAUCCUUAGCGCGGAACGCUUCAUACUGCUACUCGGUUUAAGUUGUCUGGUCAGUGGCGCGACGCAUGAUGAGUUGCCACAAUGCAGUCUCUCGGGUGUUUAUAAGACCAGACAGAGCGUUGUGGAAUCACCGAAUUAUCCAAAUAAUUAUCCGAUCAGCACCUGUUGGGAUUACGUGAUACGCUCGCCUUACCGUUGUCCAACAAAGUUUCAUAUACAAUUCUUAGAUUUUCAUCUUGAAUCGUCGGCGAAUUGCACAAAUGAUUAUCUAGCUAUUGGCGUGGAGAACGAUGGCGAUGAUAUGGACCUGCUGUGCGGUCAAGUAAUCGGCAUUAAAAAGUAUCACACACCGGGCGGUAUAUUGAGGCUGCGUUUCUUUUCGGACAGCUCACCUUGGACGACUGCGCGUGGUUUCAAAUUGCUGAUCACACGAUUGGCUUGUGAGCGCGAGGAUUAUUUACGCGAAAAUCUCGAUACAAAUGACGAGGAUACCGAGGAGGUAUUAGCGCCUUCGUCGAAUUUUCAACCACCACAGGCCAUAGUACCGCAAUUAUUUCGCAAUUGGACGCAAGUGGAACAGCAUAUACCGUAUCCUACAGCGCCGUUAUUCGGUUGGAACUUACCAGCGCCACCUCCGCCCGCCUUUGGUAAUCUAUAUGGACCGCAGCCAAACCCGCAAUUCAAUCAACUAACUGAAAAUGUUAAGCCUUGCAAACCAGAGCCAACAUUUGUGAGUCCAUAUCCGGGAUAUAUAGGAUAUCCUGCAUUGGCUUAUCGGAGUAAUAAUUUGCAAAAGCCUGUGAGUGCUGAUCAGUAUGUGGGCGAUUGGCAAUCGGAUGCGCAAAGUAAGCAGUUACGGGAAGAUCAAGAGCAGACAUUAAAAACUAAAUCUUUAGUAAAGCCUACGGGUGAGUCACAACCGCGUCAACAAUUUUUCGGCGCAGCGCUGCCUGGCGCACAACUUGCUGGAUUGCCGCCAACCGGUCUGCCACCACUUAACGCACCAUUCGGUGGUGUUCCGUUUGGUGCGGCGCAGCCACCAGUCUUACAGGAUGGCAGUGCGCUAUUUGAUAAUACUCAAGCAGUCGGUUCAACAGCAUCCUCACAGCAAUGCUGCACAACAUCCUUCCAUCAGAAGCGGUUCUAUCUCUCCAGUCCUGGCUUUCCGCGCACUGCCUUCACAUCACUCUUGCCAACGCAGCAACGCGAUUGCCAAUUUGGGUUGGAAAAAAAUGCUGAUAACAUAUGUCGUCUACGCAUUCAAUUCAAAUUCUUCGAUUUCGGACAAACUUAUGUCGGCACUGGUGCCACAGAGGGCAAUAUCAAUGUCGCCAUCAGUACAAGUAGAGAUGUUUGCACCGAAGACUUCAUCGAAAUCAAUGGCGAACGCUUCUGCGGCUGCCGCACCGGCUAUGUUUACAGAAGUGCUUGGGGCUUAGGCGCUAAGCAUAUACGCAUGCGUAUGGGCUAUUCGGGCGUACCAUCGAGUGGUUUCUUGCUUGAGAUUUACCAAGAGGAAUGUCAAGAAACCGCCUUCGUGCAACCACAACUACCGGCGCACGAUGUACCGACAAAUGUGGUCUCAAGACCAAGCGUUGUACAAGGUCAAGUUGGCAUUGGACAACAAAAUGCCAUAAGUAACCAAAAUGUAAAUAAUCGUUUGCAACAAAACGUGUUUGGCCAACAACAACUGCCCGUCUACCAGCAGUCACCUCUCUUUGCGCAACCACCGCAAACGCAGUUACCACCAGAUCAGAUACCAUAUCGGCCGCUACAAACACCCAGCCUUAAUCUCUUCUUAGCGACACAACAGCCACAAUUUUGGCCACCGCCAACACAACCGCCAUAUGCCGGUCUGCCAAGCCCAUUCCCACCGUCGUUUGGUGUGCCGCUGUAUCGCAACGCACGCACUUCGGAGUCGUUGGCUGCGGCGAGCACCCAUCAACCAAUGACCGUCGUGGAAACGAAUUCGACGCGCAAAGAAUAUUAUUACUUUGAUGGCGACGAGGCGUUUGGUCGCCUACGUGCCAACGAUGAACCGGAUGAUGCAGAUAGGAAUGGCAUCGCGCCGUCACCAGCAGUGCGCGACCGUUGCAGUUUCUCGACAAUGGAUGCGCUACGCUUGACCGUGGACACAUUGUGGAUAACCAAGCCCACUUGUUAUGCACCGUUGCGCAGCUGGUUCAGCAACAUUUUCGGUUAAGGAGAUGCAUAGAUUGACACUUGGAAUUAUUAUGCAAUGAAAGAGAUUAUGCUGUGUGUGUAAGAUAAACGAAAUAAAAACGGCAAGCUGCUCGAGCUCAAAUAAAUUUAGACCUCCAGUGUGUUUGCAUUUAUUUAAGUUUUCUUUUUUGUUGUUGUUGCCGC